UGCGUAUAUAGUGGAGAGAGAUAAAAGCGCCGGACUGGUGUAUGGAAUCAGGUUUUUUGUUGGCUCUAAAUGCGGAUUUAGAGUCUUGCUGCUGAUGAAAAUCAUUUAUUCGCGUCAUUGUGAUAUGAAUUCGUUUUUCACCGAGUAAAGACAUAAUGAAAAUGUUUUGAAACUAUUGACUAUAUAUCGCUUAUUUUGAAACUAAUCUGAGACUAUGGAAAGUAUUUAUUUUUGUAUAAUCGUUAGUAAAUUUUCCUUGCCCGUAAAAAGCAAUUUCUUAUCGAAUUCAGUGCUUUUCCGAACAACAACUUUCGAACUGGAGAGAGUAUUUUAGGCUCAAAUCCAUUACUCCGAUAAUGUUGGUGAUUAGAUAAUGAUUUAUUAUAAAAUCCAUGUAAUAUUUAGAUAUUUUAUAUUCGCAAUGUUAACAAAAUUGUUCAUUAAAUUUAUAGCACGAAAUUUGCAUUAGGAAAUACCCCAUUUACCGGUAUUUUUGUGAAAUAAUCAUUUCGAUCUGAAAAAAGAGAGACAUCUCGAUGUUUUGAUACGUAUUUUGCGUCAAUUUCUGCGGGGGUCUUGAUGCGAUGAGGCGGGUCGAAUGUCACGUCGUUCGUCUGAUGCUUGUGUGAUGUCUUUAUCUGAGUAAAUAAAUACGUACGAAGAAGAAGUGAAUAUAGAGAUAAGACGCUAAGCGAGUUGAAUGAAUUAUUGAACGAGCGACUAUGCCGAGUGUUAUUUCGCGGGCUUAUCUGCGUCUGACAAUUUUUCCUGUGCAUAAUCCGUUAUUUUCUCCUAUUUCGGUCUCUGUAACACGUCAAUGUCAAUAUCGUGUCUUUUGGAAUAAUAUUUUCGUAUCUGGGAUAUGUGACUUGUUAUGAAGAAACGUCAAAAUGUGAAUAUUGUGAUUUCGAGAAAUGUGUGAAAAUUUAUAUUUUUUCACGCCUUUUUAAAGGAUAACAAGUGAAAGCCCGCGCAACAUGGCUUCCGCGCAUGAGCAAACGAGCCUCUGUUUUCCUCUCGAGAAAUUUGACGUUUUCCUAGUCAGCAGAAGGCGAGACGCAAAAUAUCACGCCGUUGUCAUCGAAAUUCCUGUGUAUCGGUCGAUCAAAUCCCAGUGAGUCUUUCAAGAAAUCGUCAAGAUGAACCGAUUGUUUGGACGUGCCAAACCCAAAGAACCUCCACCAAGUAUCAACGACUGCAUUGCGGGGGUUGAUAGCAGAGCAGAUUCAGCCGAGAAGAAAAUUGCUCGCUUGGAUGCUGAGUUGAAAAAAUUCAAAGACCAGAUGGCUAAAAUGCGCGACGGUCCAGCCAAGAAUGCUGUAAAGGCUAAGGCAAUGAGAGUUUUAAAACAAAGGAAAAUGUAUGAAAAUCAGGUAGACAAUUUACGCCAACAAGCAUUCAACAUGGAGCAGGCUAACUAUGCCACUCAGACAUUGAAAGAUACUCAAGCCACAGUUGUUGCCAUGAAAGACGGUGUCAAGCAGAUGCAGAAAGAAUUCAAGAAUAUCAAUAUUGAUCACAUAGAGGAUAUUCAAGAUGAUUUGGCAGAUAUGUUGGAACAAGCAGAUGAAGUACAGGAGGCAAUGGGAAGAAGUUAUGGAAUGCCAGAAAUUGAUGAUGAUGAGUUGGCUGCAGAACUUGAUGCUCUUGGUGAUGAUUUAGCUUUAGAUACAGAUACCUCCUACUUAGAUGAUGCUAUUAAAGCACCCAGUGCACCUGAUAAGGAACCUGGUGCAGCUUCUGUCACGAAUAAGGAUGGAGUACUGGUGGAUGAAUUUGGCCUACCUCAAAUACCAGCUAGUUAAAAACAUCAAGUGCACUUGACUGUCUGCUUCCUUCUGUUUAGGCGAUGAAAUAUUUCGGCGUUUCCAAAGAUGCUUUGCAAUUUGACGGUAACAAUUCAGUCAGUCACAUUAAAGAACACUUGACUUUAAGAAUCAGAUACCGAAGCACUUAAUAGGCCAACAGCUUGCGGCUGUCGCGAUUUAUUAAAUAAAUGCGAUGGAUAAUGACGUAUUUCUUUUUUUAUUAAUAGAAUUUAUGUACAUGAACUAUUAUUUCUUAUCGUUAGUGAGGUAGUUUUGCAAUUUAUGAACAAAAGCUAUUGAUAGAAAAAAUACCAGAAAUGGAUCACUUAUAGUACAGCUGUAAAUGCUUAGUUUUAAUAUUACAUUAUAAGAAAGUUCAACACUGUAUUCCAAAAAACUAUAUGCAUAUAAAUAUGUACAACAGUUUUAAACUCGUUUGGUGAUAUGUGACAAAAACAAAAAUUAUGGAAUAGUAUUAUAUUUUUAUGUUACACUGUGAUUUAAAAGUUGCUUAAUUUAUACACAAAUUAUAACAAGAUGUUAUACUUCAUUUUCAACUUUCACGAUUUGUACAUUUUAAAAAGUUUCUGUGUUUCAAAUGUGAUCCAAUAAUUAUAUAACAGUUAAAAAUAACAAGUUUUAAAGCUUUUAAAUAUUAGUUUAACUGCAACCUAGAAAUACUGACAGGGUUCUGCUUUUCAAUUUUGUUAUACCGCUCAAACACACUGACUAUUCUCUCUCUGCUUUCAAUAAAGUCUUCUUUCUCAAAUUGGUCGACUCGCAAGUAAUGAUGAAUAUGAGCCUGCAAUUGAAAAGCGCACGAAAUAAUGUAAACAUUAAAUUUUGCAAGAUGUUUGAAAUACAACUUUUUAUCGUUUAAA